ACGCGCGGAGACUUUAGGUGCAUGUUGGCAGCGGCAGCGCGAGCCACAUAAACAAAGGCACAUUGGCGGCCAGGGCCAGUCCGCCCGGCGGCUCGCGCUAGGCUCCGCGGUCCUGCUCUCUUGCCCAACCGGCCGCCUUCUCCUGCUCCCUGCCGGCUCCUGGCGACUAGGUUACCUUCGCCCCUCUCGCCCACCCCUCCCAGACCCUGCUACCAGGACUCCCAGAGGGAACUACACUUCGGCGGAGUUGAAUGAAUGAAGAGAGACGCGGAGAACUCCUAAGUGAGUAGGGAGGAGAUCCGACAGGCUGGACUCCCCAUUGCUUUUCUAAAAAUCUUGGAAACUUUGUCCUUCGUUGAAUUACGACACUGUCCACCUUUAAUUUCCUCGAAAACGCCUGUAAUUCGGCUGAAGCCAUGCCUUGUGUUCAGGCGCAGUAUGGGUCCUCGCCUCAAGGAGCCAGCCCCGCUUCUCAGAGCUACAGUUACCACUCUUCGGGAGAAUACAGCUCCGAUUUCUUAACUCCAGAGUUUGUCAAGUUUAGCAUGGACCUCACCAACACUGAAAUCACUGCCACCACUUCUCUCCCCAGCUUCAGUACCUUUAUGGACAACUACAGCACAGGCUACGACGUCAAGCCACCUUGCUUGUACCAAAUGCCCCUCUCCGGACAGCAGUCCUCCAUUAAGGUAGAAGACAUUCAGAUGCACAACUACCAGCAACACAGCCACCUGCCCCCCCAGUCCGAGGAGAUGAUGCCGCACUCCGGGUCGGUUUACUACAAGCCCUCCUCGCCCCCGACGCCCACCACCCCGGGCUUCCAAGUGCAGCACAGCCCCAUGUGGGACGACCCAGGCUCUCUCCACAACUUCCAUCAGAACUACGUGGCCACCACGCACAUGAUCGAGCAGAGGAAAACGCCCGUCUCCCGCCUCUCCCUCUUCUCAUUUAAGCAAUCGCCUCCCGGCACCCCUGUGUCUAGCUGCCAGAUGCGCUUCGACGGGCCCCUGCACGUCCCCAUGAACCCGGAGCAGGCGGGCAGCCACCACGUGGUGGACGGGCAGACCUUCGCUGUGCCCAACCCCAUCCGAAAGCCCGCGUCCAUGGGCUUCCCAGGCCUGCAGAUCGGCCACGCGUCGCAGCUGCUGGACACGCAGGUGCCCUCGCCGCCGUCGCGGGGCUCCCCCUCCAACGAGGGGCUGUGCGCCGUGUGCGGCGACAACGCGGCCUGCCAGCACUAUGGCGUGCGCACCUGUGAGGGCUGCAAAGGUUUCUUUAAGCGCACGGUACAAAAAAACGCAAAAUACGUGUGUUUAGCAAAUAAAAACUGCCCAGUGGACAAGCGGCGCCGGAAUCGCUGUCAGUACUGCCGAUUUCAGAAGUGCCUGGCUGUUGGGAUGGUCAAAGAAGUGGUUCGCACGGACAGUUUAAAAGGCCGGAGAGGUCGUUUGCCCUCGAAACCGAAGAGCCCACAGGAGCCCUCUCCCCCCUCGCCCCCGGUGAGUCUGAUCAGUGCCCUCGUCAGGGCCCAUGUCGACUCCAACCCGGCUAUGACCAGCCUGGACUAUUCCAGGUUCCAGGCGAACCCUGACUAUCAGAUGGGUGGAGAUGACACUCAGCAUAUCCAGCAGUUCUAUGAUCUCCUGACUGGCUCCAUGGAGAUCAUCAGGGGCUGGGCUGAGAAGAUCCCGGGCUUCGCUGACCUGCCCAAAGCCGACCAAGACCUGCUUUUUGAAUCAGCUUUCUUAGAACUGUUCGUGCUUCGAUUAGCGUACAGGUCCAACCCAGUGGAGGGUAAACUCAUCUUUUGCAAUGGGGUGGUCUUGCACAGGUUGCAAUGCGUUCGUGGCUUUGGGGAAUGGAUUGACUCCAUUGUUGAAUUCUCCUCCAACUUGCAGAAUAUGAACAUCGACAUUUCUGCCUUCUCCUGCAUUGCUGCCCUGGCUAUGGUCACAGAGAGACACGGGCUCAAGGAACCCAAGAGAGUGGAAGAACUGCAAAACAAGAUUGUAAAUUGUCUCAAAGACCAUGUGACUUUCAAUAAUGGGGGGUUGAACCGCCCCAACUAUUUGUCCAAACUGUUGGGGAAGCUCCCAGAACUCCGUACUCUUUGCACACAGGGGCUCCAGCGCAUUUUCUACCUGAAACUAGAAGACUUGGUACCACCGCCAGCAAUAAUUGACAAACUUUUCCUGGACACUUUACCUUUCUAAGACCUCCUCCCAUGCACUUCAAAGGAACUGGAAAGAAACCUAAAACUAUCCAGAGGGGGCAAGUCACAAGGCAGAGAUAUCCCCAUGAGCUGCCUCAGCUCUAGCUGGCCCCCACCCCCUCCAUAAAAUCCCAGUCCCUUGAUCCUUAAAGAAAAAAACAAAAACAAAACAAAACAACAAAAACUGUUGCUAUUUCCUAACCUGCAGGCAGAACCUGAAAGGGCAUUUUGGCUCCGGGGCAUCCUGGAUUUAGAACACGGACUACACACAGUACAGUGGUAUAAACUUUUUAUUAUCAGUUUAAAAAUCAGUUUAUUGUUCAGAAGAAAGAUUCCUAAUGUAUGAUGGGAGAUGUUUGGCCAUGUUUGGUUGUUGCAGUUAAGACAAAUGUAAUACACACACACACAACACAGAGUCACUCACACAUUGUAAGGGGACCCACAAGUAUUGCCCUUUAAAAGACUUCAAAGUUUUCUGCUGUAAAGAAAGCUGUAAUAUAUAGUAAAACUAAAUGUUGCGUGGGUGGCAUGAGUUGAAGAAGGGAAAGGCUUGUAAAUUUACCCAAUGCAGUUUGGCUUUUUAAAUUAUUUUGUGCCUAUUUAUGAAUACAUAUUACAAAUUCUAAAAGAUAAGUGUGUUUGCAAAAAAAAGAAAAACAGAAAAAAAGAACUACACAAAAAAGGGACAAGCAUGUUGAUUCUAGGUUGAAAAUGCUAUAGGCACUUGCUAUUUCAGUAAUGUCUAUAUUAUAUAAAUAGUAUUUCAGACACUAUGUAGUCUGUUAGAUUUUAUAAAGAUUGGUAGUUAUCUGAGCUUAAACAUUUUCUCAAUUGUAAAAUAGGUGGGCACAAGUAUUACACAUCAGAAAAUCCUGACAAAAGGGACACAUAGUGUUUGUAACACCGUCCAACAUUCCUUGUUUGUAAGUGUUGUAUGUACCGUUGAUGUUGAUAAAAGAAAGUUUAUAUCUUGAUUAUUUUGUUGUCUAAAGCUAAACAAAACUUGCAUGCAGCAGCUUUUGACUGUUUCCAGAGUGCUUAUAAUAUACAUAACUCCCUGGAAAUUACUGAGCACUUUGAAUUUUUUUUGUUUUUUUUUUAAUGUCUAAAAUUGUCAGUUAAUAUAUUAUUUUAUGUUUGAGUAAGAAUUUUAAUAUUGCCAUAUUCUGUAGUAUUUUUCUUUGUAUAUUUCCAGUAUGGCACAUGAUAUGAGUCACUGCCUUUUUUUCUAUGGUGUAUGACAGUUAGAGACACUGAUUUUUUUUUCUGAUAAAUUCUUUCUUUGAGAAAGACAAUUUUAAUGUUUACAACAAUAAACUAUGUAAAUGAA